CCCUAGCGCUGCGUCGCGUCCUGCCUUUCUGGCACCGAGUACGCGGGUAGGUCCUGUCUUGAAGUGUGCACCACGGGCCUUGUCCCAGAACGCAAGUGAUGGAGAGCACGCUGGCCGUGCCCCAGCUGCCCCCACACGACCCGGGGACGCCGCCGCUGUCAGUGGUGGACAUGCACACGGGCGGCGAGCCCCUGCGCGUCGUGCUGGCCGGGUGUCCAGAGGUGGCGGGGCCCACGUUGCUGGCCAAGCGGCGCUACAUGCGUGAGCACCUUGACCAUGUGCGGCGACGGCUCAUGUUGGAACCCCGAGGGCACCGAGACAUGUACGGGGCCGUUCUCGUGGCGAGCGAGCUGCCGGAGGCGCAUUUGGGCGUCCUAUUCCUGCACAACGAGGGCUACAGCUCCAUGUGCGGCCAUGCAGUGCUGGCGCUGGGCCGCUUCGCUGUCGACUUCGGGCUGGUGCCGGCACCCCCGGCCGGCACCCGCGAGGCCCGAGUCAACCUUCACUGCCCCUGCGGGCUGGUGACUGCCUUUGUGACUUGUGAAGGCGGCCGCAGCUGCGGCCCGGUGCGCUUCCACAGCGUCCCUGCCUUCGUGCUGGCCACAGAUCUCAUGGUGGCGGUCCCUGGACACGGGCAGGUGGUGGUGGAUAUCGCAUAUGGCGGUGCCUUUUAUGCAUUUGUCAGUGCUGAAAAGUUAGGACUUGACGUUUGUUCUUCAAAGACAAGAGACCUCGUGGAUGCAGCAAGUGCAGUGACAGAGGCAGUGAAAGCUCAGUUUAAAAUUAAUCAUCCUGAUAGUGAAGACCUUGCCUUUCUAUAUGGAACUAUAGUAACAGAUGGAAAAGAUGCUUAUAGCAAGGAACCAACUACCAACAUCUGUGUGUUUGCUGAUAAACAGGUUGACAGAAGCCCCACUGGCUCAGGAGUAACAGCCCGGAUUGCUCUACAGUAUCACAAAGGCCUUCUAGAACUGAACCAGACCAGAGCCUUUAAAAGCAGUGCGACUGGCUCAGUGUUCACAGGGACUGCUGUGAGGGAAGCAAAAUGCGGUGACUUUAAAGCUGUUAUAGUGGAAGUAUCGGGACAAGCCCAUUACACUGGAACAGCAAGCUUUACCGUGGAAGAUGACGACCCCUUGAGGGAUGGCUUUCUUCUCAAGUGACUUCUCCCAUGACUUUUAUGGGCUUUCUUUCUAAAGUAAUCAUCAUUUGAAAGUAAUGUUUUCUUUAAAUUAUGUGAAACCAAUGUCCAAAUUAUUUUCUCUCUGAAAUAGUACAGUGUAGCCAAAUAUAAAGUCAUUAUACCUUAUGUUUGCAAAUGUCCAUUGGCAUAAAUAUAACUAUGUGUAGCGUGCAAAAUGCCAAAAAUUCAGAGUCUUCCUCUAGUUAUUAACAUAUCAGGUAAAAUUAAAAUCUUAGUUAAAAUGUUCACUUUUAAAAAUAUUCCCUGGAAGUUAUUAUAAUAUUUCACUUUAAAAACUCUUUGAAUAAUAUCUGAAAUUGUAACCCUUUCAUCAAUAAACUUUACAAGUCCAUUA